GAGGAGCCCGCGUGGGGAGCCGCCUCCCUGGUGCCUCACGCCCUGGCGGCCUUCGCGGCGGGGCUGCUGCUGGGAGGACGCUGCCGUUCCUGUUGGGCCUUCUCUUCUUUGCCCUCUGCAUCCCGCGCAGCAGCAGGAUGGACAGGACGGACCCCGCGCGGCGGCGAGAGCUGGUGAGACGUUCGCGCCGCAACGGGCGCCCUCCUGCGGCGGGCGCAGCCGCGCGGAGCUCGGCGAUGGGGGCCUCCGUAGGCUGGGCCCGCGAGGUGCGUUCGGAGGGCGAUCCGAGGAUCGGGGGCGGUUCCCCCACGGGAAGCGUGCGCAUCGAGCACGCCAUCGCAUGCUCAGGCCAGGAGUGCAUUCCUUCGCCCGCGUGCUGCCGCACGUGCCGCCGCGCGCCCGGUGGCGCAGAUGGGGCACGCAGCGGCGCGCCGGGGAUCCAACGCCUGGCGCUUUGUCCGAUGGCCUCGCCGAGCGUUGGACGUGUGAGCGCGAGGGCGUCCCCACCGCUGCCCGAGACCCCUCCCAGUCCUCCUCCACGUCCUCCUCCUCCUCCUCCUCCUCCUCCUCCUCCUCCUCCUCCUCCUCCAGGUGGCACAUGCCCAACUCUGCGGAUGCUUGUUCUUGCUUGUCUUGCUUCUGGAUGCGGGUAAAGCCCAGACGUGGAAGCUGCAGCGUGUCAUUCGCAGCUGGGUCACGUCUGCCCGUUGGCACGCGGGGUGCUGUGCGGGAGGCGCCUGCGCUACCUGGUCGCGCGCACCCGGGGCAGCGAGAGCGUUCGUGGCGUCUUGUCUAUGCUGG